AUGUUUUUUGUUUAAUUUUGUAACUGCAAGUGAAUUAAUGUAAAAAGUGAAAAUCUUUAAUCCAAUGUUGAUUAAUUUAACUAUAUUAUUUAAUUGUCAUUUACAAUUAAUCUGCUCUUGACCUUGUAAAAUAGCUGUAAAUCUGGUUAAAGCGUUUUUCUCUUGGAUGAUCCCAAUCAUGGCGGCAUCAUCGGCAGCCGAGGCAACAAUAAAUUGCUGCUCAGAUUUGUCUCAACAGGAGGACAUUGUAAUCAACAAAAACGACAAUAAUACUGACAGCAAUCCGGAGGAAAGCGAUAAAGAUAAUUGUAAUAUUACCAAUAAUGAUACAGAGACCAGCAAUGAUAGUUUGGUUACUAAUAGUAAUUCAAUACCUUCAGCCAGUCAAACCCCUACUUCACCUACCAACAGUAACAACAUUGAUGGUGGAAGCAAUGUUAAUAACCCGGACGGUUCUACUCCCAAAACACCCGAUUCUGAUUGUUUCACACAGCCACUUCCACCAUCUCACCUUCCAAAUCUUCGUUCAUCAUCUAAUCAUAGUUCAACCUCGAGUACCCGAACAUUAGAUGCCGAGGGCCAAUUAAAUCUAAAACCUGAGAAAGUGAAAUCACGUUGGAGGAGAAACAGCGAACUGGAAUCUGGUCAUGGAACGGACCACCAUGGCUAUGCCAACCAUUCUUCCCAAUCACCAUCCAGCUCAUCGUCAAGUUCAUCAAACAAUAUUGCACAUGAAACAACAAAGAAUUCACCCUUAGCACCUUUAAAUACUAAUAUACCUAAAGAAACAGAACCAGUUCCACACUAUGACCAUAUUGAUGAAAACAUUUACCUUUUUGAAAGAAAAAAAUCCAAAUGUAAAAAGGAAAUGCGUCGUAUGGUUUGUAAUUGUAUUUUAACUAAAGAAGAGAGACAGCGAGGCGUUCUUGGUUGUCUUGAUGAUUGUCUUAAUCGGAUGCUUAUGAUUGAAUGUGGCAAUCGAUGCUUAUUAGGCGAUCAUUGUGCCAAUAAGCGCUUCCAGAAGAAACAAUUUGCCAAAGUUGAACCUUUUAGAACAGUGAAAAAAGGAUGGGGACUCAGAGCUAUGCAAGUUAUUCAACCUGGCCAGUUCAUAGUUGAAUAUGUUGGCGAGGUUUUGGACCCCAAGGAGUUUAAAAAUCGGGUCAAAAAGUAUUCCAAGGAAAAUAAAGAGCAUCACUAUUUCAUGGCAUUAAAAAGCGAUGAAAUUAUCGAUGCAACAAUCAAAGGAAAUCUCACUCGAUUCAUUAAUCAUAGCUGUGAUCCUAAUGGUGAAACUCAAAAGUGGACUGUAAAUGGAGAGUUAAGGAUAGGAUUUUUUGCUACAAAGCUUAUCGAAGCGGGAGAAGAAAUCACUUUUGAUUAUCAAUUUCAAAGAUACGGAAAGAAAGCACAAAAGUGUUAUUGUGAAGCACCCUGUUGCAGGGGAUUUAUUGGUUCUACUAAUGAUACUGAUAUAAAUAUUGACGGAUCUCUUAUUACACCAAAACAAAGAUCUCAGGAAAAGACUGGAGAAGAAGAAAAGAGUCUAGAGGAAGAAUUUGAAGAUCUUGGUUUGGACGAAGAAAUAGCUAAGCUGACUGCCAGUGGUGGUAUCCGAAAUCGACAACAAACCCUAAUGCUCGCUAGACUAAUGGUUCGAGCUGAAGAUACGCCCAAUAGAACCAAGCUAUUAGAAGUUCUCAAAGGCACUCUUGAAAUUGCUUAUCUAAGACUAUUCUUAGAUUAUCAUGGGCUGCAAUUGUUAUGGAGUUGGAUGGCUGAUCUUGAAGAUGUUUAUCUCAAAGGUGAAAUACUGGAAGUUUUGGCCAUUCUCCCGAUCCCCAAUAAGACUGUUCUUAAGGAUAGUAAAGUAUUAGAUGUAGUUGAACGAUGGUCCAAGCAAGCAGCAAGUGAGGCAAGUCAACGUAAGAAUGGUGUUUCAUCUGUCAAUGCGCAACUGCCACUCAUUGUGGAGCCAUCAACAAUAUCAUCUUCAUCUUUGCCUUCAACUGUUAUUGUUAAGACAGAAGAUAAGCGAGAUGAGCAGUCAGUGAAAGUAAAAGAGCAACAGCAACAGAAUGAAGAUCAGCAACCUAAGAAACUGGAGGCUUCUGACGAAGUUAAAAAAGAAGAUAAAGAUGCCCCAACUGAGUCAAUAGAGAAACCCGUCAAAAAGGAAAUAAAUAGUCAAUCUAAAGAGGAAAUAGUGAAUCAAAAUGAAACUGUAGACACGAAAGUCGAUAGCAAUACUGAAAUUGUACCAAUUGUAGCAGAACCUGUGGAGGAAGUUAAAGACACGCCAGUAGUCGAUGUGCAAGUUGAGAUUGAGCUUGGUUGCGAAGUUGAAAUCAAACAAGAUAUCAAUGGCGUUGAUACCGAGAUUCCAUCUAGUGAAAACCAAUCUGCAUCUAGUACUCCAGGAGAUUCUACGCCUGGUAAACCUGAACCAGUGAGGGUGAGAGAGACGAGAUCCUCUUCAACCUCAUCAUCAACCUCAACUACCGAUGCGUCCUCAACAACAUCCAACCUUCCAGUGGUAGCUGAGAGGAUUAUUGGUAGGCGAGUAUCCUUAAAGUCAAGAAAUGAAUCCAAGGAUGAGGGUAGUAAGGAGAACAAGGUAACUAAAGAGAUAGUUAAACCAGUUCCUGAUAUCGUAAUGUUGACUUCAAAGUUACUUUAUCUUUGGAAAGAUUUGAAAGAAGUUUUCAGAAUACCCAGGCUUGAGAGACAGAAACGUCUUGAAGAUGAAAAGGAAGCUGAUCGUAAAGCAAUUGAGGAACAAGAAAGAAAAGCAAAAGGUCUUCCAGUUGUUUACGAUCCUAAAAUUAAACGAGGUAUUGACAAUCGUGACAAUACGAUUGCUGGUAUACUCGGAUUGCAGGGUCUGCGUAAAAAAUCAGCUAAAAGGCCGGCAGAUGAUAAAAAACAAGUACAAAAUAAUUUAAACUCUUCGUCGCCAGCUUCAAACGCAACCGGUAACACUGUCAAUUCUGAAAAUAAUUCAGGGCCAACUCCUCCAAAAGUUAACAAAGAAGUCUAUCGAAUGCAGUUUGAAAUGGAACUGAUGAGAAAACAAUAUUCUCAAGCACUUGACAAAUACAACGAACAGAUUAAACAGUAUGAACAAAUGCUUCAUCAACAACAUAUGGCCGGACAACCACCAGGUCUGCAUCCUUCAGCACCGCAACCACCCAACUUCGACUCAAAUCAUUUGCCCUCUAGUUCACUAUCGCACCAUAGUCCGUUUAAAUCUGGAAUAUUAUUCAACUCUCCUAAUUUGUUGAGUUUACCGCCACCUGUACCUCCUACUCUAGGAAUGUUCUCAGAUCCAUCUAAUCCAUUUUCUGGUUACGGAGUUAAUAGUGAAUAUUCAAGUAAUAGUGGUUUAGCUACGCCUGUGACUCCAGUUGCCCCAUUGACACCUCUAACUCCAUCAAAUGACUAUCACCAAGCACAACCAUAUAAUCUUGAGUCUCAUCAUCCUAAUCACAUUAACACCUCAACAACUACCUCUCAACAUUUUUCUCUUUCUCAUUCUUCUAAAUUAGAAGAUCAAUUAAGAUCCGAAGAGAAUCAAAUUGAUUCCGAUUCUCAGUCGAUCCAUGCUACAUCUGUUUGUAAUCAAUCAUCAAACUUGUCAUCUUUCAUAAAUCCUGUAUUAAUAGAGUGCACUAAUAGUCUUAAUCAUACUCUAAUGUCUGACGAAGAGGCUGUAAUUUCAACCGAUUACGGCGUAGAGUAUGUACCUGUCAAAAAAUCUAAAAAAUCUUCAUUUACCACAUCUUCAUCUUCAUCAUCUUCAACCACAACACCAUCAGGAACCACGACAACGACCACCAGCUUAAGAAAAGAGAACAAUUCUCGUAAUAAUAACUCUAGUAGCAUUAAUUGUAAUAUUAGUAGUAGUUGUAACAAUUGUAAUGAUAGUCUUGAGACUCUCUUUAAUAGUGUCUAUCCAGCACCAGGAACAUAUUAUUUAACACCAGAUAAUUGUUACUUUGUCCCUCCUCCAUUUGAUCUUCAUGGUCAUCAAAUAGAACCAAUAGUAUUCGAAAAUGUUCCUAGACCAUUUUCACCUUCCUUCACCAAAGAGUCAAUACAAACAGCCCUUCCUCCCAAUUGGUGUUGCUCAAAAGACAAACAAGGAAAUGUAUAUUAUUAUAAUAGAGUGACAAAAAUGGUGCAAUGGGAUUUACCAGAAGUGAAUUUAAUUUUUGAGUCUGAAAAGCAAGCAACUCCAAAGAAAGUAGAAACUGAUGUUGCCACCAGUAAUACUUCACAAGAUGAGACAAUAGUACAACCAGAGCAAUCAAUGCUGGAUAAAUCAAAUCAACAGCAACAGACACCAAGUGAAGUGCAGUCAUCACAGGAUCCAUCUUCGAUAGCUGACAAAACUGAAGCUUGUACAGAUAAACCUGCAGUAACUAAUAACCCUGAAACUACUACUACUACUUCAGAAAAUGAAGUUCAAAAUAGCAAUGAUGGGCCAACAUUAGCACCGCAAUCCUCAAGAGGGACAACACCUCAAGCAUCUUCUGAAGAGCAAGUAGUCAACGGAGAAUCCAAAACUCCUGAUAAUGUGACAGCCAACGAAGAUUCCACCAGUGAAUGUAUGGGUACGCCAAGUCAUACUUUACCGGGCUCCUAUGAAGCUGAUCCUAGGAAAAGACGUUCUUCAACCAAUAGCACUGGAACUCAUCAUAACAGUACCAUUAAUAAUAGUAACAAUUCAAUUGUAAGAAAUUUUUCAUCCCUCAUGGAAAUCAAUGAUGGCGACCUGAUUGCAUCCAAUAGAAGAGACAGGAGUGACAAAAGUGAAAGACGGAUCAAGGAAAAGUUUAAAGCCGAGAUGUCUGAACACAUUAAAUACUGUCUAAAUCCUUAUAGAAAAAUUGAUUGUAGAGUUGGACGAAUUUUGUGUAAUGAAGAUUUUAAAUAUGUUGCUCGACGAUUGACUCAUUUUGUAAUGCUUAAGGAGUUGCGGCACUGUCGAAACACCGAAGAUUUAUGUUGUAGUGAAACAGUUAAACAUAAAGCAAAAGAGUAUGUAAAAAAAUACAUGGCCAACAAGGGACCCAUCUACAGGCCCGAAUCAAAUGAAGAGAUUUGUAAGGAUAAAGAAAAGUGUUCACCCAACUCAUGAAAAAAAACAAAAAAAAAUAUCAUUAAACCCAUAUAACAAAUUAACGAAA